GUCAAGCAUGUGGCCCGGCAUUGCCUCAGUUUGGUUGCCCUUCGAGCUCGCAACAAAGCAAUAUCAAGUGGCUUUAGUGUGAAUGAAAUGGCACUGAGCUUCAGUUCAGCAGCGUUUCGACGAUCGAUGGGAGUUUGUGAUGGCGAACCGAGACGAACUAGUUCAUGGCACCGUGCAUACACCACGCAGCGCUGCGGAGGGACUUGCAUUACAUCACCUGACAAAGAUGUAGCAAACUAGCUUGCCCAUGGCGAGUCCGUGAACCUGGUUUCUGCCGCCCGCUUGCCUUCUUCACACCGAACGGGUUCACACCAAGCUUUUGGCCCGUGCUUAGUAGCGUCUCGUGCCAUAUAGUGAUUUAGGCAUCAGUGAGCUUCCAAUAUCAAAUUUAGAAUCUGCUCGUCGCACACGAAAGCCCUAGAAUGACGACAGGGCCGACAAACGCGAUAAUAGUUGCUGGCGCUGGUCGUUGCCGCUUUUUAUUGGGUUACCCAAGGCAUCCGGCGAUUGUAGUUAGUACAAGGAGGCAACGCGCCUAAUUGUGAUGCAGGCGGCCACGGACUCCUGUCUCCCGCCAGACCAGCGGAGCUAUGAGUUUGUGCAGGAGCUUGACGAGGGCAGCUAUGGGUGUGUCUUCGCCUGUGUGCAGCGCCCCUCCGGCCGCCUGGUCGCGGUCAAAGUGUGCAAGCACACCGAAGAUCCCGUGGUCCGGCGGCUGUUGCUCCGGGAGGUGGGUGUGCUGCGCUCGCUGCCGCGGCACCCGUGUGUGGUGGAGCUGCUAGAUGCGUUCCGGAGCCGGUCCAGCGGGAGGCCCCACCUUGUGUUUGAGUGCAUGGAGAGGAGUGCCCAGCAGGAGCUGGAGGCCCUUGACGAGACACGUAUGUGCCCCGUGCAACUCAAGCUGGUGGCGUGGCAGGUGGUGAUGGGCCUGGCCCACUGCCACAGAAACAACGUCAUCCACCGCGAUCUCAAACCCGGCAACAUCCUACUGGCGGGCCGGGGCGCCGCCUGCAACGCCAAGCUGUGCGACUUCGGGUUCGCACGCAACAUGCUCAGCGGCCGGCCCGACAUGCAGGAGCGCCUCAGCAGCUACGUGGUCACACGGUGGUAUCGUGCCCCUGAGAUCCUGGUGGGCGACAAGUACGGCAUGGCGUCAGACGUGUGGGCCCUGGGCUGCACGCUGGCUGAGCUGGCGAACGGCGGCCUCCCGCUGCUGCCCGGCACCUCCAGCUUGGACCAGCUGGCACGCAUCAUGCGCUGCUGCGGCCCGCUGCCGCCGUGCCAGGCGCUGUGCCUGCACGCCAACCGCCGCCUCGCGCCACUGCGCAAGCCGCCGCCGCGAUCGCGCACGGUGGCGGAGCGACUUCCGGGCGUGGACCCUGCGCUGGUGGCGCUGGUGACGGCAUGCCUGCAGACCGACCCCGCGCUCCGGCCCACUGCGCGGCGGCUGCUUAGCCACUCCUACUUUGCAGACGUGCCACACCUGCUACGAGGCUCGCCGCUGCUGUCGGAGCUGCUGGCGGCGGCGGCGGAGCUGCAGCCGGCGGCGGCGGCAACAUUGGGGUCUCAGCUCGCGGCGCCUGUGGUAGCGGCUGCCGGCAUGCAGCCAACGCCCUCGCAGCAGUUGCGGGAGCUGCAGCAGUGGGCGUCGCAGCGGCGGCUGCUGGCAGUCACAGCCACGGCGGCGGCAGAAGCUACGGUAACGGCAAUGUCACAAGUGCUCGUGCGGCCUCAGCAACAAUUGGAGCAGGCACCGCCGCCGGCAGCCCCACAGCAGCGAGCUGAGGCGCCAGCUGCGUGCGCGGCCGUGGUGGUGGUAGACGGGACGCACACGGGACCAGUAGCAGAUGCCAGCGCCCAGCUGCCGCCACCCCCAGUCCAACACCCCGCUAUGGCCGAGCCUACGGCAGCAGGGCUGACCACAGCUGGCGCUGUGACGCGCGCCAACGGCGCCAGCAGCCCCGUCCGUUCGACUGCAGCGGGCUUGGCGGCAGGGGCAGGUCCAAGCAGCGAUGCGCUGCUGGGUGUGGCGCCCCUGUCCGACCCGCACUUGUUCCUGCCGUCACGGAUGGCGGGCGCAGCCGCGGCAUCGAUGUCCAGCAUGCCGCUCGUGCCGAGCACCACCUCCACCACGGCGCCCGUGUCGCGGGGGCCACCGGCCAUGCCGGCUGCACAGCAACAGCCAGUGUCAGCAAAGGGGGCAGCGACGCAACAGGGGAUGGGGCCCCCCGCGGAGGCGGCUGCGGCCAAUCAUCACGCCCACCCCGCCGGCAUAGCAGCCGCCAGACAGCUGCUGUUCCCGCGCCACCUGCAGCAGCAGCAGCAGCAGCAGCAGCUGCAACCGCACGUGCUACUGCCGCAGCACGCCGCCACGACCACCUACUGCCUCAACCCCACGGUAGCGCCGGCCGCUGCUACUGCCUCUAACGCCGCUGCUGCUGGCGCGGCUGCUGCCACUGCAUCAGCCCUGCUGGAGGCACGGUUGUCGCCGGCGCCCUCGGGUUCCGCCGCCGCGGCCGUGUCCGCACCGGACUGCGCGGCGCCCCCUUCACCAGAUACUGCCGGUGCACUGGUCGCAGUAUCUGCAGCAGUAGCGGCCUUUGAUCGCCGCCCAACAGCCUCGACCAGUCAGUUGCCUGACAGCAGCCGGCCCUUCGGCACCCUGGGUGGCGGCGCCGCCGCCGCGGCCGCCUACUACACGGGCGCGGCGCCGCCAACCGCCACAACCGCCAACGUACUGCGCUACAACCACCCAAUGAUCCUGCCCGCCGGCCGCAGCUCGGCCUCGAUGCUGGGCGGCUGUAAUGGCUACGGCGGCUCCAGCAGCCGCUGCUGCGAUAACGACAGCAACGGCAACAGUGGUGGCGGCGGCGCCGCCGCUGCCGCCGCCGCCGCGCACGUGCUGAUGGGCGCCAUGUUCACGCAGGAGCUGGCGAGCCCAGCCGGCGUGCCGCAGCACAAGGGCAGAGCUCCAGUUGUGCCGGGAGCACUGCAGCGGCAGCACACCGAUGGCGAGGGAGCAGCGGAGACGGAGGCGGCGGCGGCCGGCUCGGAGCCGCUGCUCCGCCUUCCGCACGUGCGCGCGCCCACCGCCGACCUGGCGCUAUACGAACGGCACGCUUCGCUACUUGCCUCCACGCCCACGCUGCAGCAGCAGCAGCAGGCGGCGGGCUGGGGCUCGGCUGCGCUUGCGGACUAUGACACGGCUUCCUCCUCCAACUCCCAGCUGCCACGGGAGCUUGUGAUGCUGCUGCACUCGGUCAGCAACCUGAGCGGCGGGCCGGCUGACGUGGCAGGCGGCGGCGGCAGCAGCGCUGGGGGCGGCGGCGCCUCAGCCAUUGCACCAGCAGCGGCAGCGGCGGGUUUUGCGUUCAAGAGCAGCGGGGAGGAGGUGCAGGCUACAGAGGAUGGCGUGCAUUCUCACUUCGAGGUGCGUACCAGUGCGGCCGGAGACUGUACGGCCCCUGUUGGCUGGCCUGGCAGUCAUACCGGCGCCAGCAGCGGCGGUGGCAGCGGUGGCGGCUUAACAGCUACCGCUGCCGCUUUGACUGAAGCCGCUGCGGCCGCCGCCGUCGCCGCCAGCAAGAGGAGCGCGCCGCAUGAGGGGGUGCACAGCCGGUGCAGCGACGACCACAUCGUCGCCCUGGCUUUCUCAUCACUUGGCGGCAGCAGCGGGCGCAGCGGCUCGCACACGCCGGUCCUGGGCGGCGGUGCACUGCAGCAGCGGCCAGGUUCAUUUGUCGCGCCCCGCGCGGGCGGGACGGUGUGGACGCGGCAGGGUUCCCACGUCAGCCGCUUCGCACGCGCGUCCGAUAAGAGCGGCUCGGCCGCCAGGGCUAUCAGCUUUCGGUCGCCAUUGGGUCAGGGAGAGGAUGCCACCGCAGCAGCCCCGGUUGGAGCUGCCGCCACAACUGCCAUAGACGUGGGCCUUGGUGCCAGCAUGAACCCGCCUGCUGAGGUGGACAUGGCGCAGGCGUUGCUGCAGCAGGCGCUUCCGGGGAUGGGCUGCAUUCCAAUGGACAAGGGAACCCAGAGAGUGGCUGCGGGCGAUGCAGCGGACGCCGCCGAGGACAGGCCUCGGUCCCGGGACACGCGGCAGGCGUCCCUGUUGUCCACGGGCGGCGUGGAGGUGACGGUGGCGGCCAUGCUGCAACACGAUUCGGACCAGUCAAAGCUAGCUGCGACUCAGGACGGCACCGAAGACGACGGACCGAGGUCACUCACGCAGGUUGACGAUGCCGCCCCAGCCUCCGCCGCCUUCGCCACCGCCGUCAGUGCCGCUCCUGGUGCCACCGCCCGGGCGACUGCCACAGCUGACAAUACCAGCGAUCCACGACGUUGGUCCCUGAAGUACACUAAGCUCAAAGCUUCUGCGGCCGCAGCAGCUCUGGCGAGGGCCGGCGCCCGCCGCUCUGAAGUGGCGAUAGCGGUGCCGGGCGCUGCAGGCGGAGAGGCAAGCGCAGCAGGCAAAUCACUGAUGCCGCCUGCUGCUAGAUCUUCUGAGGCCAACGCGGUGCGCAAAAGCGCGCCGCAGCUUUUACCUGCCGCUAGCUCCAGUGCAGCAACGGCUGGGGGCGGCGGCGGCGGCGGCGGCUCGGCCCCGCGGCAAGUGGCGGGGACGGCUGUGGCAGCUGCUCAGGAUGCCUAUGGUGCCGGUACACGCCGUGCAAUGCAACCGCCAGGGCUGUUGCGGCGGCUCGCUGGGCUGCUGGGGUGCGGCGGCGGCAGCAAUACAGCCGCCCCUGCCACUGAGAAAGAUUAGCUGGAGUCCAAACAAGUCUUCUAAGCCAACAAACGAGGUAGGCAACAUAACAAUUGACAAGGCAACUCACACUUGGUGGUGGUCGGCACUUUUUGGGCUGAGGCCCCCGAAGAAUUCAAGACCGCUGCUCCUUGGCGCACGGCAGAAUCGUACUUGGAGUUACCUGCAAGGAACCUGCACAUGGCUUCAAGCUCGACUAGUAUCGUAGGUCACGACUGACACAGGAUACUUUGACACCUGUGGUAGGAAUACAGGAUACUUUGGUACCUGUUGUAGGGACGGCGUUGGAGGGACGCCCUUCUUCACACGGCGUUCAGGAGUUGCGGCUUGGAGUGUGGGUGAUGAUGGCAGGGGCUGCAUGCCGAAAGUAUUACAUGCUGCAUCGUAUUAGUGCCAGCCGUCUGAGUAUAUAUGUCGGGCUGCUAACGGCAAAUAACUGUGGUUGCUGGAAAGUCCGCGCAACUCCAGAAUAUCCAAGGACGCAUGCGGAAGCUGAUUCCUGCACUCAUUCCUAGAACAAAUCCUCCACAUUCCAGCCGAGACUGAAACUGCGCUGGUUGACAUACCUUGGUAUGCCGUAUUGCCGUGCCCCAAGGGUAAGUCCAUCAUUGUGCAUUUGCUCACCGAAGAAGCUUGUGGAUUGCCUAAUGAAUGUGCAUUUUACGGUACUGGCGUUAUCGGCGUGUCCUUUUCGGAUUGGGUCCUCUGCACCAUGCGGCCUUUCGAGCCCACACACAUGUAGCUGGGUUGCAUGUUUGAGUGAAAUGAAUGAGUAUCGGCGGGUUAAGUAACAACAGAGGUUACCGCCCGUCCAACCGCAACCACACGUCCAACCUCACGCAGUUGGGUUGGGGCCGCGGGCACCAGCCCAACAUGCGUACUUAUGACGGGCCAUGCAGGGCUGAGGACUGCCCGGCCUUGCAGUGCGUGGGCCUGAAGAAGUUUGACGGCGAAAGGGUGUGAGCGGCAAGCGUUGGGGCAGUGGUUGCUUGAUGCGUCGUAAAAUUGACAAAGACAAGUCGGAGGUUACAUCCCCGCAUGUGACGCAGGGAUGCAACUGGAACAGGCGUUUGAUUUGCUUUUGGGGAUAGGAUGGGGGAUUCAGGGGCAUUGGGUUAAGCACACGCACAAUGGUUGCAUCUUGGGUUGCGCUGGGCUGGGCUGGCACAUGGUCUGUCGGCGGUUACAUGCACAGCAUGUGGCUUGCACAGCAUGUGGCUUCCACAGCAUGUGGCGUGCAUGGUUCCAGCACUCGAGCGGAGCUGCUGUCGCGGCGCUAGGGUCCAAAGGACCAUACCGAUAUGCACAAAUACAUCACACUGGCAUUUUCCUGGAUAUUUAGAAGCAACAAAUGGGAGGACAGACUGCGCCUGACUGGGUUAAGCAUCGUGGUUGUGGCACGGUACUUGCGUCAUGCGGACGCAAGGAUACAGCUCAAGACGUACAGCUCAAGAGUGAUGACUGUGCGUAAUCGCAGGUUUGGGACAAUUUGACCGGCUCUGCAUGUCUCGGUCCUGUGUGCAUGGGUGUGGAUGUGUGAGGCUAUGGGAUAAAUUCAACAACCAACUUCAGCACAGGUCUGCAUCCGUUUGGGGAAGUGAAAGGGCCAAGCAGCAAGAGCUAUGGAUCACUCUGAUGCAAUCACCAACAUCGCAAAGAAGCCCCGCAGGGCCGGGCCAAGUUUUACAUGGCUACUUUGCUUGCUGCAGUCUUUUGUUAGGUGUUUAUUUUUAUUUUGGCUCUUUCUGGGCGAACUGCACGAACAUGGUGUGCACGAUUAUGCAAGGCCCAAUAUAUCCGCACGUUCCGUCCCCCCUAUCCAAUGCUUGAGCGGCACGACUUUUCCAGCGGCCCCUCUUGUCCAGCCUGCGCCUCUUCCAAACAAGGGCGCGCCGUGUUGGUUUACGAGGUCAUGAUGUUUACCGUGCGGAUUACUGAAGUUGCAAUUACUAAUGUACUUCCUAUAUGUAAAUCAGAGUGUACAUCAGAGUGGUGACCAGGGCUCCUUCCACGUGUGCAAGUGGCUCAGCCUCCGGGAGGGGUUGGCAUGCGGGGAGGUGCCAACGUCCUAGGCGGCCCUACUGAACCACUCGAUGGUUGGCUUCAUGCGUGCUCAUGAGACGCUGCCACGCUGGCAAUGAAUUAAAAGCGGAUCCACUGAGGAGCCGGUAGUGGACUGUGCUGCCAGGGGCCGCACACAGCCGUGGCCUUCCCUGGUUGCCGUGCCGUGGCUGUGCUGCGCACUUGGCUGCCAGCCUGCCAGUGCCCUGAGGAUGGUUAGGAAGGUGCGGGUUGCAUGGGACGAGGCCGUGAGGGAUGCGCGGCAGUGCUGGGGCGGACCUGUUCAAGCAGUAGCGCAGUGACGUUGCGGGGGUGCGCGUCUGGAGCGCGGGGCGAUGCCCUGUUGUGGCUGUUGUACAGGACCGCCGCAGGCUGCUGCCGGCUGGGCGUAAUCUUUAUAUCCAACGACA